CACUCUAUUGGGAUUUGGGAGUGGACAGGAAUACAGGAUUGAUACCCAACGAUUAGAAUAAUGGAAAUAAAGUCAAAUUAUUGUUUUCAUCUUUGAAUUCAAUACUUUUACAGUUAUUAUUUUGAAUUUUUGAAUUUCAUACCGUUCCUCUCUCUCCCUCUUUCUCGCUUCUCUGCUGAACCCUAGAUAGUGAUUUUUUUUCAUAUUGAUUCAAUCUCCAUGAAUCAGUACCAUGUUUACGAAGCUAUCGGCCAUGGCAAACACUCGGCUGUUUACAAAGGAAGAAAGAAGAAGUCGAUUGAGUAUUUUGCCAUUAAAAGCGUCGAUAAAUCGCAGAAGACUAAAGUUCUCCAAGAAGUCAGGAUUCUUCAUGCUCUUAAUCAUCCAAAUGUACUCAAGUUUUACUCCUGGUAUGAAACUUCAGCUCAUUUAUGGUUGGUUUUGGAAUACUGUGUUGGAGGAGAUCUUAUGAGUUUACUGCGACAGGAUGAGCAUCUUCCAGAAGACUCCAUACAUCAUCUAGCCUGUGACAUUGUGAAAGGAUUGCAGUUCUUACAUUCAAAAGGCAUUAUAUAUGCUGACUUAAAACCAUCAAACAUUUUAUUAGACGAGAAUGGACAUACAAAGCUCUGUGAUUUUGGACUGGCCAGAAAGUUAAGUGAUAUAUCUAAAACCCCAUCAUCCUUGCUGCCACAAGCAAAGCGAGGUACCCCAUUUUACAUGGCCCCCGAGCUUUUUCAGGAUGGGGGCGUGCACUCUUUUGCAUCUGACCUCUGGGCGCUUGGAUGUGUUUUAUAUGAAUGCUACACAGGGAGACCUCCUUUUGUAGGAAGAGAAUUUACGAAGCUUGCAAAAUCUAUUUUAUCAGAUCCAACUCCACCUCUACCAGGUAACCCCAGCCGGCCUUUUGUCAAUCUGGUGAAUUCUUUAUUGGUGAAAGACCCUGCCGAAAGACUGCAGUGGACGGAGCUUUGUGAGCAUGCAUUUUGGAAAACAAAAUUUAAUGCAGUUCCUUUGCCACCUCAGCCUGCAUUCGAUAGCAUGAUUGGAAUUUCUCAUAGACCUUAUCUUACUGAACGCAAUGGUGAUAGGCACCCCCUUGGUAAAAAUCCCCCUAAAUCUUGUGAGAAAGAAACCAAAGGACACUCUAAACAAGAUGAAAACAGUCAUUUAGGAUCUAAGGGUGGUGGAACACCUGUAAAAGGCUCCGCCAGUGGCCGCAAAAAUCAGAUUAAGAGUGGAAGAGUUAUGGAGGACAAGCUGACAAAUCCUUCAAGUACAAGGGCAGUGAAUCUUCUCCGUCUUUCAAGAAUAGCAAAAUCAAAUCUACAAAAGGAAAAUGAGAAGGAAAACUAUCGUAGAGCUUUGGCUGAUGAUUUGCAGAAUGAUGCCGAGAUAAAGAUAGAAAACACAGACAUGGAACUUGACUUCAAUGAGAAUGAUGAUGAUGAGACUCAAGAUGAGCCUGAUGCAUCUGAUAUCGUUUCUUCGACUCCCGAAGGAAACAAUUCAACUCUUGACCAAAAUCAGGCAGUUAUUGAAGAGGAGUCUGACUGUCAGUCUGAUACACCUCAUGAAGGCAAAGAAAGCAGAAUUGACGAACCAUCAUUAGAUCACACUGCUAUGGCUACACCACCCAUUGCCAGUCCUCAAUCCAAAAACCCAAGGGGCAAGGUAGGUUUGGUGUCUCCAAUGGAAUCAGAUUCUUCAAAAGCUUCAAGUGAGCUUUCUGAGGUGUUUUGGCAUUCGUCUGAUCUCUCAGUCAGACCUGUAAUGCCCAGCAGAAAAGCUAUGAAAGUACCUGAAACAAUUCCUUCACUUGCAUUUGAUGCGUUGCCAGCUUCCGACUUUGAGAAGAUAUCUAAAGAUCAAUUUGAUGAGUUCAGCAAUAAGAUUGUAACCAUAUUUAGUGGCAAUGCUAUUGGAGAGAAGCAGAAUACAAUCCGGUACCUUGAGACAAUAAGUAACAAUGCUGAGGUAGCAAACAUGAUAACAAAUGGGCCUGUAAUGUUGGUUCUCAUUAAACUACUUCGACAAUCCAAAGCUUCUACUUUCAGGAUACAAAUUGUUUCACUUAUUGGGUUGUUGAUCAGACAUUCGACAUACAUUCAAGAUGAUUUGGCCAAUUCUGGAAUAGUUAGUGUGCUAACUGAUAGCCUUAGGGACAGACAAGAAAAGGUGAGGCGAUAUGCAAUGGCUGCUUUGGGUGAAUUGCUGUUCUACAUAUCUACACAAAGUGACCAACCUAAAGACAACAGAGGUACAGAAACUCAACAUAAGGACAAUCGCUCUACAACUGGGUGGCAGGUUCCAAAUGCAUUGAUUUCUCAUGUGGUCUCAGUUUUGCGCAAGGGAGAGGACGAUGUAACCCAACUGUAUGCAUUAAGGACCAUUGAAAAUAUCUGUAGCCAAGGAGCAAAAUGGGUUGCUCGUUUUACCAGCCAAGAUGUUAUUGGUAAUCUUUGCUAUAUAUUCCGAGCUGUAGGGAAGCAAGAAAGUGCUAGGUUAACUGCUGGAUCUUGUUUAGUGCGCCUGGUUAGGUUUAACCCUCCAAGCAUUCACACAGUAAUAGAAAAGCUCUCAUUUAAGGAUACUGUAUCUGCACUUGUUAGGGGCAGCCAACGAGAGCAGCAAAUAAGCCUGAAUCUCUUGAAUGUGGCCAUGCUGGGAAGUCAUAUGUUUACAAAUAUUGGCCGUUGCCUUAUGCCUCUGGUAGAGGAAAAGAAUCUGGUUCCAAGUCUCAUGUCUCUCAUUGAGCAGGGGAGUGAUAUUUUACGGGGAAAAGCUCUUAUAUUUGUGGCCUUACUGUGCAAAAAUGCUAGACGAUGGUUACCUCAUUUUUUUUGCAACGCAAAAUUUCUUUCCACAGUGGACCGACUAGCCAAAGAAAAGGAUGAUUUCAUACAUCACUGUCAGGAUGCAUUUUUGAAUAUUGUUGCUGGAACAGUGCCAAGUUUGCUAGAUACAAUUACCAGUGACAUUCAGCAAAUAAUGGGGGGUAGACGUCAUGGUCAUGUAUCAGCUUUGACUAGUCGAGCUACUCCAAAGACCAAUAUUCAUUUGUUUCCUGUCGUUCUUCAUCUUCUUGGAUGUUCAUCCUUUAAGCGCAGGGUGGUCUGUCAUCAAGUUCUGCAGCACUUGGUGAACCUGGUCAAACAUGUGGAGUCUCAAUUCCAGGGGAGGGAUGACUUUCAAAUAACACUUCUACGAGUUCUCGAGUCUAUUGUGGAGGACCAGUCUCAUGUUCUUCAAUGGCCAAAUGUUUUUAUUCAUGAAAUUCUUCCAAGUUUAUCUGUUAUUUACAAGGGCAAUAAGGAUGGCGAUGCAAGAUUUUUGUGCUUAAAGAUUUUGUUUGACGUGAUAGUCAUCAUCUUGGACGAACCAUCAAAAGAUGUGCAACAAUCUGAGGAACUGAAGUCCAUAUCCAAAUUGCAUUUGCUGCCUCUCUAUCCCAUGUUCAUUGAGGAUGAGGAUCCCAUUCCAGUAUAUGCUCAAAAGCUGCUUCUGAUGCUCAUUGAAUUUGAUCACAUCAAGAUCUCAGAAAUUCUGCAAACUAAAACAGUCCAACAAUGCUUUGAAUUCCUUCUUGGGGAUCUAGCAAAUGCAAAUGUGAACAAUGUGAAACUCUGUCUGGCACUUGCAUCUGCUCCAGAAUUGCAAACAAAAACUCUUUCCCAAUUAAGAGUCGUCCGCAGAAUUGGUAACCUUCUAGAGUAUGUGAAUGCAAAAGAAAUGGACGAUUUUAUGGAACCAACUCUUAGCUUAUGUAGGGCCUUUCUUCUCCGUUCUGUGUACAAUCGAAGAGGUUCGACUUAUUCAAAUAUUCCAACUCUUCUAUCCGAUGUAUCUGCUGAGGAAAACACCCUUAUCGAUCAGCAGCAAUGUAUAAGAGAUAUUUCCGACUUCGGCAGCAAUGUUGGCGUAUUGUUGGAGUUGAGCAGGUAUCAAGAACCAAAUGUUUCUGACUUAGCAUCUGAAUGUAUAGUUUUGCUGCUAAGGGUAGCCCCCAGGGAAGGUACGACAUGUUUCCUCACCAACCUUCCCAAGGUAACUGCAAUCCUCGAGUGCUGGCAACAGGAAAGCUUCCACUUAUUAGUGCAGAGGAUGCUACAUGCUCUUGGUUACUCCUGCAGGCAGUACUUUUCACACGCUAUGAUUUUAUCGAUGGCUGUUUCUGAGGUAUCGAAAAUUAAGGCCAUUGUAUCAGAGAUUAACAAAUCAUGUAUAUCUACACUAGUGAGUGCAGCUUCUGUUGUAGCCAUCGAAUUGGAUCGACUUCCUCGUUGUCUCUGAAUAUUGUAGUAUAGGGGAACUUGCUGAUUCAUUUUUGGCCAAUGAAGAUAAAUGCACUGGAGCUACUGAUUUUGUAAUGAGGCUUAUUAUGACAGCUAAUAUUGUGACUACUAUUUAUUUGUACGUCGACUUGGCAAAUCUCUCUAGCCUUUUCUGUUCAAUUUGUACAUGUUUUUCAUAACAAUUCAUCCUUCAUGAUUAAUGAAUGCAUAUAUGACUAUAUCUUUGUACUUCCUCCAUCGUGUAUAUCUUGCUACACUAUUUCUUGCUACAUUUUAUCUAAGGCUGAGCAAAAUUAUUUAA